CUGUACCCCUAUCGUAGGUUAACCAUCAUCAACACUAUCAAGAUGGAACACCUCCGUGAAUCCCUGCUGAGCUCCUCGCCGAGAGGCAUCCCUUACCAGUCAAGCAACAUCUUGAGAGAUCAGGAGGAUACACGGGCAUCCGUUGCUCGGGGGGACCUUGCAGAGGUCCGGGGAGCAGCCUUCUACAAUCGAACCUGGAUCGUCAGCAGUCGAUACUGCCGUAUUGGAGAUGGGGUGGAUUCCCUCGAAGAAUACAUACAUUCUCUGUGGUAUAUGUAUUACCAGCUCAGCCGACAUACGUCACACGAGACGACCGACCACGAUCGCCUGGUCCUCGACAUCGUCCGCAUCCAGGGUACGGGGCCGUUAACUAGGCCGGUGUCGGGCGUGUACGGUAUCGAUAUUGCACGCACAGCCGAGGGCGUGUUGUGGAAUGACCUGCCCUUCCUGGCCACUGACAUGACCGAGUGGUGGAUGAACGACUGCGGCCCAAUGUCGAGCGCCCAUCGGUUGAACUUCAAUUCCUUCCUGGCCAAGCUGGCAUCGACCCGCGCCAGCAAGGAUAGAGUAUGCCAGAUUGCCCUCGUGCUAUUCCGGUAUAUGUUUGAGAUGGACCGAGAGCUCCACAUCCCAGACGAGUCAGACGAUGAAUAUCCAAACCGCUCCAUCCACAACCUUGACAUGGUACGCUUACUGCCAGCUGCCUUUGCGUGGAUCAAGGAGGCAGGGGAAAAUAUCAUGCUACUCUCAAGUGUCUCGUGGAAUGAUUGCCCCGGCACGAUUGGCCAGUGUGGCGAGCGGUUCAUGCAGUCGGAGCUGGGGCAGCUAGCACCGGUUGGAUUCUCACCGUGGAGAUGGAUGUUUUGGCUCAAGCGACUCCACGAAAUCCAGGAUGAGGCCAAGGAAACCAACGAGGCAGGCCUGGAGAAGUAUGCAACCGACGCCAUCAACCUUAUGGUCAAAUACGUGGAGGACCGAAACUCUGAAAUUCUAAGGGCUUACCAGAACGGUGGGGAGGUCUUGCAUCAGGAUAAACAUUUGGCUUGUCUGAAGGAUCUCGUGAAAUUGGGGGGCACAGUGGAGGAUGAUGUUAAUUAAAUCUCUCUCUUUAUUGUGUUUGUUGUGCUUCUUUUCUUUCUAGUCCUUGAAUCAUAAAUUGCUCUCCUUGACCAACGGAACUGGAUAAAUCGGUUUGGGCUUUCGUGAUGAAUCGUUGAAUCCCGACAAGGCGAAAUAAUACUCCUAUUAAUCAGUUAAAUUAAAGGCAUGACUCAGCCCGC